AAGCGCCUAACGGAAAGACGAAAUUCGACAGAAGCCGCUGAACAGAAAGCGACGUCUAGCAGCAUACCAUCACCUUAUUCUAUGGUAACCGAUGCAAAACAAGACACCGGGGCUUAUUCUUCCGGGCAUGGAAGCGAUGAAAACGGCUCAAUUUACAGCCGACCACCACUGACGCUAUUUUCCCCACACACCAAUCGACCGCGUAAUAGGGAAAGUUUCUCAGCAAGUAGUGGCUACGAAAGUGCUACUGGUGUUGAUGUAAGCAAAAAUUACGGUGAGUUUGUUUGCAUUUCGCAAACCCUCAGCCAAGAAGAUAUCCCAGAGAAGUGA